AUGGGCGAGUUAAGCUCCAUUCAAGGCCUCCUCCUCGAGGGUGCUCCAGACGUGGUUGCUUCCCCCGGCAUGAUACGAAAGAGCGUCUCCUCGUCUCCGGCGCCGGCCGCCGGAGAGGGUCCCUGCGGCGCGCCACGGGGGACCGGCAUCGGGAGAAGGUGCCUCCUGUCCUUCCUCUUCGCGUCAACGCCUGUCCUUUCCGACGCCGGCGACUCGCAGAGAGCCCUCCUCCAAAGUACAGUAAUCAUUCCUCCCUUCUUUCCUACUUCCCCCCGCCCCUGGUGAAGCUUCGGCGGUUUGAGUGCUUCUCUCCUCUUGCCCCGUCAGAAUACUUGGAGAAGUCCAAGGCGAACAAGGCCAAGAACGACAAAGAGGUAAGGAAGGGCGUCUUCAUCCUCUUCCCCUACCUCCACUUCUUCUCCGAGUUUUUUACACCGGUUGCCGAUGGCUGGUUUUUCCAGAGACUGGACAGCUACUAUCGGCGAAACUACAAGGACUACUUCGAGCUGGUGGAAGGAUCUAACCAGGGGAAGAAGGAUGAGCUCCUGACCGAGUCGGAGAAGGAGAUCCGCCGGUGGCUGGAGAAGAACAGGUGA